GGUAUCCGCGCGUCUCCUCUUUCUGCUUGUGGUGAACCAUUUUGCCGUGAGACGGUGGAUGCGCGUUGGAAAUAUUCGAUACCAAUAAUCGUCCGGUGAGGGUGGCUUACCCCUUCGUGUGCCACCAUGAACCAAAUGAACGUGGCUGGGAUGAACCCUGGUGCGGGCGGUCCUGUGGGAGGUGUUCCAAUGAUCAACAACGGUUCUGUGGCCCCUCGCAACGAUGCAAACAUCCACACUAUCCCUGAGAGCACGGUCGGCAACCUCAACACUUUUAUCUACGACUACUUUCUGAAACGCGGUUACUAUGAGUGCGCCAGAGCUCUCGUGAAGGAUGAAUCUGUAAAACUCAAUACCGAACCCCCUAUCAAGACGAGCCCCGGCCAUCGUCGCGAUGGUGAUGUGAAUGGGGUCGAUGGAGAUGCAAUGAUGACCGAUGGAAAGGAUGGGGAUAAGAAGAUACCCGAUGAUCUACCUCGCCCUCACAUCUCGAGCGAAGGUCAGCAGUCGUCUUUCCUUCUCGAAUGGUUCAGCCUCUUCUGGGAGUUCUUUUGGGCCCAGCGCAAGAAGGGGAACAGUGCUGAUGUGCGACAAUACCUCAAUCAUACCCAGAACAUUAUGCGCCUCAGAGAGCAACACCAAAAUCAACUUUUACGGCAGCAGCCGCUGAUGCCUGGCCAGAUGGGACAAAUGAACAUUCGACGCAACGGCAUGGUUCCCCAACCUCUUCAAAAGACCGCUCUGCAGAACAAUACUCCAGGCCUAACCCAACAACAAUUGCAACAGCUUCAAAAAAAUCAACAUCAACAACUUCAAAUGAUGCAAAUGACUCGAGAGCACUCCGACAUGGAUAUGAACGGCCACCGACCGCAAUCCCCCUCGUCCGCAGAAAACGCCCCGUCUCCCUCGAAGCGGCCCCGUCUUGAAGGUGGCCUCAUGAAUGGCCAGCAAUUAGCUCCCAACGGACGCGCUCAAGUCCAGGGCAUGCCAGGCCAACCGAACCCUCAGACCGCUCUCUUGAUGCAGAAUGGACUCAACCGGGCGAUGAACCCCAAUCAAUUCCAGGCUUUCCCGCAGUCAGGACCUGCUGCGCAGCAGAAAUCUAUCCAGGUAUAUGCUCAGAACUUGGCCAUUCAUCACUCACGCUCAGCAAUGAAUAACCAGGGUAUGCCGAAUGGUAUGAUGAACCCCGGUGUCAUGCAAAACCAGACGGAUAUGGUGUCCAUGCCAGAUGGCCAGGUGUAUCCCAUCAACGGCGACUACUAUGGCGCGAAUGGUCAAAUGGCCCAGGUCCGGAACGGGAUGCAGACACCUGGCGGUCAGCCCGGAAACCACGCUCUUCAAGAUUAUCAGAUGCAACUUAUGCUGCUUGAACAGCAGAAUAAGCGGCGUCUGAUGAUGGCUCGCCAAGAGCAGGAUAGCAUGGCCCGUCCUGACGGCCAGCCCCCGCUGCCUGGGCAGCCGGGCCUGCAACCAGGCACUUCUCCCCAAGGCAGCAGGGCGGGCACGUCGCCAAAUCCCAACGAUCAAAUGAAACGGGGCACGCCGAAAAUGCCCCAAACCGGUCUCCCCGGCUCCCCGAGUGCCGGCGACGCUAUGGCCCAGGGUCGUGGUUCUCCCGCUUCCAUGAACUUCGGUAAUCAGAUCCCUCCUGAAAUGGCCGGCCAGUUCUUUGUGAAGGGUAUGCCCGAUGGUAUGGCCGGCCCCAAUGGUAUGCGACCCCCCAGCUCCAACCCAGCGUUUAGCGCCCCUCAGAUGGGUCAACCCAUCCCCACUGGCGCCGGAAACCGGGUACCCAGUGGAAAUUGGCAACCCCAGCAGGGUGCCCAGCAACCCAUGGCUCCGCAACAAUCGCCUGCAACCCAACCUCAGUCGACCGGAACUCCACAGGAGAGGAACGCGAUGCCACCUCCCCAGGCUCCUCCUGCAGCCGCCAACACUGGCCGCACUCAGCCACCCUCCCCCCAGACGGCCGCAGCCGCCCCACCGACGCCGCAGCAGGCGAACAAGCCUGCCCCUAAAAAGAAGGAGACUAAGGACACUCGGAAGCGGCCUUCGAAGAAAGCAACAACUGCUGCCGCAGCGGCCGCAGCCUCGGCAAACGCGGCUGCCACACCAUCCUCCGAAGCCGAACACCCGCCCACUCCAACUCCAUCCACCCCAAUCACCCCUCAGCAUCCAGCCUCGUUCAACAAGGCGGGUGCCAAUGUUACGACUGGUGCUCCUCAGCAGCCUACGUCUGCCCCCGCACCUCAGCCGCUCGUGCAGCCCCCACCCGAUCAGAGUCAGCAAUUCGGCGAGCUUGGUGUUCCUGAUCCACAGGUGUUCAACCUCGAUUUCAGCGCUCUAGAGAACCCAGACAUUCUCGAGAACUUUGACUUCGACACAUUCCUCAACACCGAUGCCGAUACGGCUGGGUUUGGAUUUGAUCCCAAUAUAUCGUAUCCUACCGACGGUGUUGAGACCGGUGCCGGGGAUGGCCUAUGAAUGUGAUCCGACGGUUCUUCAGUUCUUAACUCAUAUACCCUUGCUUUGUACAUUUCCAUAAACUUCGACAUGUGCUGUGCUUCUGCUCUAUUUUCUUCCUUGCUGCCGUCACUAACCGUCUCUCACUGUUGACAUG